GUGGUCCAGCUACUCCUCAACAGUAACAUGUGUGUUGCUCUGCUGGAACUGAAACCAGGAGAUUCCACUGACCCCAAUGGGACCUCUCCUCUACACCUGGCAGCCAAGAACGGACACAUAGACAUCAUCAGGCUGUUGAUCCAGUCUGGCAUAGACAUCAACAGACAGACCAAGGCUGGCACGGCCCUGCAUGAAGCAGCUCUCUGUGGGAAGACUGAGGCUGUUCGCCUCCUGCUGGAUAGUGGAAUCAACGCAGCGGUGAGAAACACCUACAGCCAAACAGCCCUGGAUAUCGUUUACCAGUUCUCUGCUUCACAGGCCAGCCGGGAGAUCAAACAGCUACUCAGAGAUGCCUCAGCAGCCCUCCAGGUCAGGGCCUUAAAGGAUUACUGCAACAACUACGACCUGACCAGCCUCAACAUCAAGGCUGGAGACGUCAUCACGGUUCUCGAGCAGCAUGUUGAUGGGCGCUGGAAGGGCUGUAUCCAUGACAACCGUACAGGAAAUGAUCGCGUGGGCUACUUCCCUUCUACGAUAGUGGAGGUCAUCAACAAGAGAACAGGUUUGCCGAGCACAGUCAUUAACACCCAACAGUUUCAAAAGAUACAGCUCGUUCCCACGCCGACGGUCGCCCCCGCCAACUCAGCGGUCGUCAACGGCAACGAAACCACGUUCCAUCAGUUCCAUAUCCUGCCUCCUCCGCCUCCUCCUCCUCCACAUACCCAUCAGCCACUGCUUCCACUAUUCACUUCCUUUGGCUAUAACAGGUCGCCCGUGACGACCCCGGGGGACACACCCCCCACCCCCCCAGGUGGUCGCGGCUCAGAAGCCAACCCUCACGGUUCCCCCACCCGGUCCUGCGGCCCCCAGGGCAGCUCCAGCGAGGAGAUAUGGGUGCUGCGCAAGCCUGGGCCAGGUGGAGACCGUAGUAGCGUGGGGAGCUCUGGCAGCGUGACCAGCGUGAGGUCAUCAGGGAGUGGUCAGAGUGCCGGGAGCUCCACCCACAUUAUCCACGCGCAGGCCGAGGGGGUUAAGCUCCUGGCGACAGUGCUGUCUCAGUCUGCCAAAGCCAAAGAGCACCUGCUGGAGCAGUCCAAGUCUGUAGAGCUAUCUACAGGCACCGCCUCUGCCUCUAGACAGUCGAGCCAAUCAGGAUGCCCGCUCCAUGAAGCUCCACCCUAUGACGCCACGGCAACCUGGAAGGGGAGGGGCAAGGCGAGGGGAAGGUAA